AUGGAUACGGCCCUGGCCAGGUAUGCAGCCAGCCUACGGGCAAGUCCGGAGGCAGAAGCGAUUUGCAGAAGAUCUGGUUUAGAGCUUGAUCCAGAGAAAGCAUUUCCCAUGUACACUUUGACAGUGGACAGACUGCUAGCGAUGGAUGAGAUGAAGUCUCACGAGGAAAUGAUUGAGGCGGAAGGCCUUACUAUUUUUGACGAGUCUUUGGGGCGUGCUAUUUUUGUGUCGCACCAGUGGCUGGGGAGCACACAUCCAGACCCUGUGCACCAGCAACUGAGGGUGCUGCAAGAGGCUUUGAGGAACAUACUCUCAGGUGCCGCGCAGGUGGCUCUGCCAAUCGCAGAGGAAAUCUUUUUUGGGCGAAGGCCUUGCCCAGCUGUGACCGAUUUUGAGUCGCAAGCGCUGUACGUUUGGUACGACUUCCUUUGCUGCCCACAGGCUGCCUCUGCUCAUGCGGAGCGACAGCUUGCUGUACAGGGAAUCCCCUCCUAUGUGGCCAAGUGUGAGUUUUUUGUGAUCCUCUGCCCUGCUUUGGAGCAUUUGGACGAGAAGAAGAUGCUCUCGCUGGAGACGUGGAGCGAGCGAGGUUGGUGCCGGGCUGAGAAGGUGGCACGAGAGCUCGCAGCGCGGAGCGAUGGAUACACCAUUGUCAUUGAGAGCGCAAGGCAUGCGAAGAUGAUCUUCGAUUGUCAGAAUGCUCAAGGUGCUCCUGGACACGGGAAGUUUACCUGCGAGUCUGACCGCAGCAAGAUCGGACGCAUGAUGGUGCAGAUGGUUUGGAACAAGCUCAUGUAUUUCCUGGAGAAGGAAGAUCUGCACGGCUACAGGCUCCUGCUGAAUGAGCAGAUGCCUUUCUUUUUGCAAGGUCUUGAUGUCCAUCCGGUGGAUGGGCUGGUUCCUGGUUUCGCUACUGACAUUGAUCCUUUCGAAGAUCCGAAAGGCUUUGUCGUGGCAAGGUUCCUGCAUCAGAAUGGCUUCCGUAACGUUUUGGAGCGCGAUUCAUCUGGGUGGUCACCACUCUGCUUUGCAGUUAUUGGUGGUGAUUCGGAGUUGGUGCAGUCUUUGCUUGAUUGGCGGGCCGACCCCAAUGAUGCAAUCACACAGGAGAAGAAAGAGCGGAGUUUGCCCAGACGUUUUUCGGUACUGUCACUUGCCGCCCUUUACCACAGCAAUGAUGCCCUGAAGGUGCUUCUGUCUGCCAAGGCCAAUGUGCAUGCCUGUGACACCACUCUUUCCACUGCGCUACACGGGGCAGGUGCCUCCAACAACGCGGGUGGAGUGCGGGCUUUGUGCAAUGCCAGUGCUGAUCCUUCCAAGCGCUGCUUUCCUGGGCUGACUCCUCUUCAAGUGGCUUGCGCGUGUGCAUCCAUUGACGCAAUUCAAGAACUGAUGGCUACGACUCCAUCCGUGAACCUACGAUUUUGUUUGCACUUCGCUUUAAUGUUCCAAGGUGGCUAUGCUAAGACAAUCACCCACUUGCUUCAAGCAAGGGCAGAUGUGGAUGAACAAUUCCAACUGAGCAUCCUGCAGGACACUGCGUGGUGGCUGGUGCUGAAGCUGGCGGGGUUGCGACACAGGAUAAGCCCGUCCAGGUUGACAUUGCUGGCAUAUCAUCAUUCAGGGGCAACUCCGCUAAUGUUCAGCAUCAUCAGCGGAUAUUUCGAGGCAACCACCGUCUUGCUUGCAGCAGGCGCUCGACUGGAUUUGUGCAAUUCUCGUCAGCAGAAGGCUGUGGACCUUGCGGAGAGCAUUCAGGCACCAACUCCUUUGAUUCAGGCGUUGCAAAUUGCCGAAGCUCAAGAUGGACUUUCCGAAGGCAAGUCUGACUCUGAGGACAUUGGCUUUACUUUUACUUUUUAA